AUGCCGGACAACGUUGAAGCCAACGGGGCAGAGGUCUCAGAUGCAAUGUCUGAGAACGAGCACGAGUACGACGAAUCUGAUCGCCCUAUAAAAGAAGACGAAGACGAAAGCAUGGCUGAGCAGCAUACGUCCCCAGAGCCUGGAGUGGGAGGCUCCGGCGAAGUGAAGAAGAAGUAUGAUCCCAAGGAUCCACAUCGGCCAAGGAGAAAGAAGGCUAGACGGGCGUGCUAUGCCUGUCAGCGAGCACAUCUGACAUGUGCAGGAGAUGAAAGGCCUUGUCAAAGGUGUAUCAAGCGUGGUCUAGCCGAUGCUUGUCAAGAUGGUGUGCGCAAAAAGGCAAAAUACCUCCACGAUGCACCUCCCGAGGCCCUGAGACCAGUGCUUGGGCCAACUUACAACCCAAAUAUGGUAUCAAAGUCGGCCAAUGGUAGACAUCCAUCCAACGCCACUUCCGCUUCAGAAGCGUCGGCUUUUUAUCCGCAGACGACAAGUUCUCAGACCUACCCCUUGUUUACGGGCGGCCAGCCUCAGGUGUCAAUGCCUGACAACCUCUUCGCCCAGCCUUCUCCAGUCUCUCCGUCUUUCCAGCAACAGACUGCUCAGAGGAGCCAACAAAUGGGCAAUAUGCAAAUGCCGACUCCAUCAUCCAGCGAGCUCAGCUACCCGAAUGCUCUCUUUGACCCAAGUAACCCAGCAAUUUUUAAUUUCGAUCUGGAGGGGCUUCAAUUCGGCAGCCACUACGGUGCCAUGGAAUUUGGAAUACUAGGCCAAAUGUCCUCAGGGGCAGCUGAGACACCACCGAGAGAUGCUUCGCUAUCGCAACAGGGCAAUUCCGAAGUCAACUACAACGGUGGCCAGAUGUAUCCAAAUGGACUCAAUUCGUACAACCAACUAUAUGAUGGCAUGAUUGAGAAUUAUAUGAAUUCUGAUCAGAACAAUGGAGCCAACAACCUGUAUUCGCAAGGCAACCUCCAACAUGGCUUGCCUCAUGCAUAUGCUAUUGCGGCAGCGGGACCGACUCCCAGCAGUCUUGCAAGUCCGGGCACGGAUCAUAACUCGAGUCCACAACCCACCAACCUCACCUUUGACGGCUCUCCGAACACAGGGAACUUUACGCCUGUCAACUCGCAAUCCUUGGCUGGACCGCCAAAGUCAAGGACCAAAACCCCGGCCAAUGCAAACGCCAAAUUGUUUGGACCGCAGUCCAUAUUGACUAAGCGACAACGCGAUCCAUCGGCCAUAUACGAAAAUGUCAAAGAGCCUUAUCAGUAUCUCACGGGUUUCCACAACCUGAUUGCCCUGGUGAAGAGGCGCUUCUCCAGUGCCAAGACAACGCGGAUCGCCAUGUCGCUCGCUAGUAUUCGACCUUCAUUCAUCAGUUGCACGAGGAAUCUGAACCGGCAAGAUCUCAUAUUCAUGGAAAAAUGCUUACAGCGAACGCUCUUUGAGUAUGAAGACUUCAUGGGACACUGCUCCGCGCCCACUGUCGUAUGCCGUCGUACCGGCGAAGUCGCUGCCGUCAACAAGGAAUUCGUUGCCCUGACUGGAUGGACAAAGGAUGUGUUAUUGGGGAAACAGCCUAACCUCAACGUCAACUCGGGCGACACCUCCGGUUCGGCGAGUGGAGUAAAUACCGGAAAGGGUGGACUUACUACUCCUCAGCUGAAAGCCAUGGAGCCCGUGAAGACGGGCGACAAACCGCAGCCUGUCUUCAUUGCUGAGCUCAUGGACGACGAUAGUGUGAUUCAGUUUUAUGAAGACUUUGCUCAACUAGCAUUUGGAGACAGCAGAGGUCAUGUCACUCGCAAGUGUCGACUUCUCAAGUACCGUACCAAAGAGGUCAUGGAGUCGCUCAACAACGAAGAUUCGCCGCCGCAAAAGGAUCCACGUCAUAGUAUAUUGAGUAGCCGGGUCACUCGAAUUGAUGGCGAGCAUGGCAUUUCCAAGAUCGAGAAAGACGGCAAGAUGGAUUGUAGCUAUACAUGGACGAUCAAAAGAGAUGUAUUUGAUAUUCCCAUGUUGAUCGUCAUCAACUUUUUACCUUGCUACUACCGAAACCAGGAUCAACUAGCCAUCUAG